GCGGCACCGCGGAGCAUGCGCAGAGGCCGCUUCACCCCUUCCGGCAGCGCAGCGGAGCGGGGCAACAUGGCCGCCGCCGCGCCCGACGCCCGCUGGGCCAGAGCCGCCGCCGUAGCGGCGUUGCUCCUGGGGUGCUGCGGCGCGGUGCUCGCCAGCGGCAUCCAGGAUCAAGCAGAACAGUUCUUCAAAAGCGGCCAUACAAAUAACUGGGCAGUUUUGGUAUGUACGUCUCGAUUCUGGUUUAAUUACCGUCACGUGGCAAACACUCUUUCAGUAUACAGAAGUGUCAAGAGAUUGGGCAUUCCUGACAGUCACAUUGUCCUGAUGCUGGCAGAUGAUAUGGCAUGUAAUCCCAGGAAUCCUAAACCAGCUACUGUGUUUAGUCAUAAAAACAUGGAGCUAAAUGUCUAUGGAGAUGAUGUAGAAGUGGAUUACAGAAGCUAUGAGGUUACUGUGGAAAAUUUCUUGCGUGUGUUAACAGGAAGAAUCCCACCAAGCACUCCCCGAUCUAAACGUCUUCUUUCUGAUGACAGAAGCAAUAUUCUAAUAUAUAUGACAGGCCAUGGUGGGAAUGGUUUCCUAAAAUUUCAAGAUUCUGAAGAAAUCACAAAUGUAGAACUUGCUGAUGCCUUUGAACAAAUGUGGCAGAAAAGAAGGUACAAUGAAUUGUUGUUUAUCAUUGAUACUUGUCAAGGAGCAUCCAUGUAUGAACGAUUUUAUUCACCUAAUAUAAUUGCCUUGGCUAGCAGCCAAGUAGGAGAAGAUUCGUUAUCACAUCAACCUGAUCUUGGGAUUGGUGUUCAUCUUAUGGACAGAUACACUUUUUACAUGCUGGAAUUCUUGGAAGAAGUUCAUCCAGCCAGUCAGACAAAUAUGAAUGACCUUUUUCAGGUCUGUCCAAAAAGUUUGUGUGUUUCAACUCCUGGGCAUCGAACUGAUCUCUUCCAGCGAGACCCUCAAAAUGUUCUGAUAACAGACUUCUUUGGCAGCGUAAGAAAAGUGGAAAUUACUACAGAGACAAUUGCUUUGGACCGUAAUUUAGCUGGCUUUGAAAGCGAGCUGCCAAAGGAUGUGUUGGCAACAGAACCACUUAAAUAUGCUGAUCAGCUUCCUGUGGCUCAGAUAAUACACCAGAAACCAAAACCAAAGGACUGGCAUCCUCCUGGAGGAUUUAUUCUAGGACUGUGGGCACUGAUUAUCAUGGUUUUCUUCAAGACAUAUGGAAUCAAACACAUGAAGCACAUCUUCUGAAUUUGAGCAAGCAAGACGAUUGCGUUGACUGCUACUUUGGAUUCACUGGUGUCACCUGAGUUCUCCUUAUGUAUAUUAUGGUUAUAGUGAAAAACAGAGUUGGCAUCUCACUUCUAAGUGUUCUUUCCUUCUCUGUUAAAUACAACCCUUAGGUCAGUCCUUACACCUUAGACAAGUUUGGAUUUAGGAUUCUGAGUUGGUACAAGUGAAACAAAAAUAUGAUUACCUCACUGAAUCUACUUAUAAGAUAUGCCAAAAAGAGUGAAACUAUGGGAACGCCGUGUCCACCAAGAGCAUGUCAUAGAUGUCAUCUUUUUACUCCACGUGAUCUGGAUUUGGACAUUUUGGGGUUUUCAGUGCACUGGAUUUUUGCAUAAAGCAAGACUGUGACUCUAGGAUCAGGAUGGAAAAUGUUAUAAGUAGUAUUAUUGUAUCCAGUAAUUUCUGAGCACUUGGAAGAUGAGAUUUAUAAUUUAGGUUUUGUAAAUUCUGUUCAGGCAUAUUGAUUUGUUCUUCUUGGACAUGUAAUGAUGAAUGCAUGCUAACUGUGUUUUGGCUGGGUAAUACACAGAUACUAAUAAAGAGAAGAGCAAAUUUCUGCAUGUAUAAAAACAGUAGGUGCCAACUAGGUGAUACUCUUGCAGAAUGCUUUUGGAAUCUCUUCUCUCCCCUAAUCAUAAUAAAGCUGAUGCAUACGUGGUUUAAAGUUACUAGGUGUUAUCUGUAAACACUUUAUGUUGAGGCCAGUAGUGUUAUCUUAGAAUCAGGUGUUGAGCAUUUUCCUAUUGCACAGAACAAAUCUGAGUGCUUACACAUUUUUAUUGUUUUUCGCUUUCCUUCUCUUUCAGUCUGGCUGUGGCAUCAUAAUCUCAUGUAAGAGGUAGCAGACUUGUCAGAGACCUCUGUGUAUGCAGUGACUGGAGAGGAUACAGGGAGGGCAGCUACUGAGACUCUCAGCUGUUUCUUGGGUUGGAUGUUAGACAACAAUAAGCAACAGAAGUGUAGCUCAUCUCGUGAAUGUAAAAAUCCUUUUUCUCCCUGUAUCUUCUAGGCUUGGAUAGGAUAAAAGUACCAAAUGAGCCAUUUUCAGGAGGUAAAUGCUUGCUGCACCUUGACCUCACAAUAAAGUUGUGGUAUCUAGAA